GCCGCGUCACGGGAGGCUUGUGUUGACUUCCUCGAAAGGCGAGGAGCGGCGCCGGCGCCCGGGCGGCACUGCGUGGUAGCGGAGGCCGGGGCUAUACCGCGCUCGGCGAUGGGAGCCCGAGAGAACCCGAGCGGAGACCGUGACGCCUGCGGCUGCCUCUCCACCGCGGUGACGGCCCGUUGCUGACCCGUCAGGCCCGAUUGAGGCCCUGAGAUCUGUAUUUUUAACAGCUGUCAUGGAGGAGCUGGUGGAGGACGACAUCUGCAUUUUGAACCAUGAGAAAGCAGACAAUGCUCAUAAAAGAGAUGGAGAGAUUCCUGUUUCAUCCUACAGUGGAGAUGAAUCUGUUGCCUCCCACUUUGCUCUUGUCACUGCAUAUGAAGAUAUCAAGAAACGAUUAAAGGAGACCGAGAAGGAGAAUUCCCUCUUAAAAAGAAGAGUAAGAAUUUUAGAAGAAAAGCUGCUUGGCUCCCAGCUGGAAGAUUGCCGUUCAGUCGGACGUGAACAAGUAAAUAAGGCAUACCAAGCCUAUCGAGAGGCCUGCAUAGACAGAGAUCAUCUGAGGAGCAGACUGGAUAAAGUGAUGAAAGAAAGUGCAGAAUCCUUGAAAACCUUGAAUGAACAGUUGCAGUCUAAAGAAGUAGAGCUGUUACAGCUAAGAACUGAAGUGGAAACUCAACAAGUGAUGAAAAAUCUGAAUUGUACUCAGUCCAGCUGGGAAAUAGAAAAGUUGAACAGUGACAUGAAAGUGCAUAGUCUGGAACAGAGUCUAGAAAAGCUCAAGGAAGAGUGCAGCAGUCUCAGAAAGGAGUUGCAAAACUCCAAGCACAAGGACCAGGCUCAGAAUGGAAAUCCACUGAAUGAAGAUGACCUUCAAAGGCAAGACAUCCAGAGUGUGCAAGAAGCAUACUGGGAGCUGAAGAGAGAAAUGUGUAAUUUGCAUCUAGUGGCUGAUGUGCAAGCUGAGGUCCUACGGAAACUGAAAGCGAACCCAACAGCAACCAAGAGAGCUGCGUUUACUGCACCAGCCCAGUGUGUUGACUUGAACACCUCACAGUUGAAUUUGACAUCUGGGGUAGUGUAUAACAAACUCUCACAAAACGACCAAGUGCCCUGCAAUGCUGCAUCCUCCCCUCUGUCAAGAGAUGCAAAACUCUUAUCUGAAAGGCUGACUCUACAACCAUGGACAGAUGAGAAACCCAUUCCAGCUGAUGGCAGAGCGUUUCAGGAACACCAUUCUUACGGAAAGAGCUCUCUGGAAGAUAAUUCCUGGGUAUUUCCAAGUCCUCCAAAGCCUAACGAGAAUGUAUUCUGGGAAAUGAGAAAUAAAACUUUGCUAAACUGUCCAGCAGAUUACCUGGAUCAGUGUAACCAAAACUCUCUGCACAAGAGUUAAACUGUGUUUAGAAUGGACCGAGGACUUUUUAGAGUGGUACUGAAUAGGCACCUUAAUGCUUCACCUUUGAAAGAUGGAAAACAAACUGCCUGCAGUGCUCUUUAUUUUUAAGUCCACUUCUGCAAGUCUAGUCUUCCUCUACUGUAAAGCAGAAGCAAGUUCCUUGAAGUUAAUGUAGUGCUGGUGUAAUGUCACUAUAAAAGCAAUCUGGCUUGGGGUCUAGAUAAAUCUUGUACUGCAGAUGACCUACGUUUGCAAGGGAAGGCUGAAAAGGGAGUUCAUGGAAUAAAACAAACAUAAUCCA